GGAAUUAUUAGCUACAUUAUUAUUUCAAUAUAGUUGAUAGAGAAUUAUAUAAUUUUUUUACAAUGAUCUUCUCUUUAAACGAACUGGUUCACUGGUUAGGUUUAACAAUCUUUGAGAUAUGGAUCAAUUUAAUUGCUUUAAUGUUCUUCACUAUUUUGCUAGCUUUAAAAUUAGAUGAAAAUUUAUUUUUGGGACCGUCAGGAUGGUGGGAAGUAUUUUCGCCGCUCUUUGUAGCAGAUGGUUUAAACACGUAUUUUUGUGCUAUUAUUUUUAUAAGAAUGUACAUGGAAGGAAUGAUUAGAGCAGGCAUUUUGCGAGCACUAUGGAGUCAAAUAUCAUUAUUAUUAAUCUUUGUGUUUAAGUAUCUUCUAUGUAAAAAGCUCUCUGGACAAAGCACGUUGGAGUAUUCUGAAGUUUUGAGUCCUGUAUUCAUUCUUCUGCAAUUGAUUGCUGUCAGAGCUUGUCAAUUACAUUAAGAAAAAUAGAAGAACUUUCCUGUAUACUACUUCGAUACUACUUCCAGAGUCAUCAUCUAUAAACAACUGACCAGCAAUCCAGGUGCUUUAUGUGGGCAUGUGUGCCCCCUCCAAUCCUCUUCAGCC